CUGCCCUCCGCAUUCGAUACAUUCAAAUCCCCCGCACGCCCGUGUCACAGCACGGCUUCACCGUGCCUCUCUCGGGUACUCUCCGGAACUCAUCUUCCUUCCCGGCCUUCUCGAAAGUUUAGCUAUAUUCUAUCUCCUACAAUUGCCAUAUCGCGUCCUUGCCUCCUCUCAGUCACUCGCGGCACGGCAGCGCUCCUAUGGACCGACACAUCGCCCAGUUGGCGUCCACCACUGGCCGCCGCCGGUCACUCUCCGACCCUCUCGCGGUGGCUCUCCAGCCUCCACCCAACGAGUCCCCCGAACAACGCCAGACCAGGUUGCAGGCUGAAGAGGAUGCGAAGAGACGCAGCGACCGUAUUGACAGAAUGCUCAAGGAAUCGCAGAAAGAACAGCAGAGGAAGAAAAUAGUCAAGGUUCUCCUGCUCGGACAAAGUGAAAGCGGAAAGAGCACCACCCUCAAGCAGUUCAUGCUUCUACACAGCCCUGUUAAGUUCAAUGCAGAGCGGCUAGCAUGGCGAUUCGUCAUUUAUCUCAACCUCGUGCGAUCUAUCCGCCGAAUACUGGAGGCUAUCGCGCCGGAGCAAGACGGCGAUGACACUGACGACCUCGAUUCGACGGAAACAGCGAGCAUCGUCGUUAUCGGCGGGCGGCCCUCCUCAGCCGUCUCAGGCUGGAUCACCGCCUACGAUAGCUAUCGCAGACGGCUGGCCCCCCUGCUCGACCUGGAGCAACGCCUCAUACAGCUGCUCUCGGACCCCGAGGACAACGAGGAGCGAGAAGCCACCCACCUCCCCCGAGGUCAGUCGUCCCAGGGAUCCUACGCGUCCGGCGGAUAUGCCGCAGUCUCACCGCCAACCUCACCGCCCCUCAGCGCGAGCCUCAGUACCAGCUUGCCCGCGCGCCCCACCCCCCGCAUCACCAUCCCGCACGGCUCGUACACCUCGCACCCGUCGCCCGUCGCCCUCUCGCCCGGGCACGAGGUCGCGAUUCACCAGCGGUCGAACUGGAAGAAGGCCCUGGGCGUCAUGAGCAGGAACCAGUCGCCGAAGAGUGCACACACGAACGAGAUCCACGGCUGGUGGGAGGACCCGCACGACCCGGUGCACCUCAUGAACCGCUGCGCGCCGACGAUGACGGAGCUUUGGCGAGACCCGAAGGUGCUGCAGCGCCUCGCGGAGAGACGGCUCAGGCUCGAGGAGAGCAGCGGCUUCUACUUGAAUGAGAUUGACCGUGUCACGGCGAAGAUGUACUUCCCGACAGAUGCGGACGUACUCAAGGCGAGGCUCAAGACAACCGGUGUCGUCGAGCAUUCCUUCGCUCUGGCCAAGAACAGCGAGUUUCGAGGCGGGGUCGAGUGGAAGAUUUACGAUGUGGGUGGUGCACGGCCGCAGAGACAGGCAUGGGCUCCGUAUUUUGACGACGUGAACGCCAUAAUUUUCCUGGCUCCCAUCAGUUCGUUUGACCAAGUGCUGGCGGAGGACCCGAGAGUGAACCGCCUAGACGAUUCCCUUCAGCUAUGGCAGGCGGUCGUUACAAACCCUCUCCUUCAGAAAGUCAACAUCAUUCUUUUCCUCAAUAAAUGUGAUCUGUUGAAGCGGAAGCUAGAGAGCGGGGUACGAUUGAACCAUUACAUGACUUCCUACAGGGACCGGCCGAACGACUACGAGACGGUCUCAAAUUAUUUCAGGCUCAAGUUUGGGGCUAUGCACCAUUCAUACACACCAAAUAAAGCGAGGGAGUGUUACAUUCACUUCACAUGUGUGACAGAUACCAGGAACACCCAGACGAUCAUUAGCAGCGUGCGGGAUUUCAUACUUACAGGGAAUCUAAGGUCGUCGUCUUUGAUGUGAGAGCGCGGCACAUCUCACCGUCUUGGAAGCCGUUGGUCAGGGAAAUCUGUAUUGUAGCAUACCCCGUAAUGUUGUGGCUGUCUGUGUUGGUCUACUCCGAGUUGUCAUUUGUGCUGUGAUCUAGUUGCUACUCCCCCGGAGAAUACCACUGACGCCCUGCGUCCCCACCAAACGUCGUACCCUACUGUGCUAGAACAAUAAUACAUCUCACAUGCUUGUAUCACUACACUAUCUUCAUCAUCUAGUUAUUUGCUCGUAUGAAUCCAUUUGUUUUGUUAGGAGA